AUGGAAGAUUGCGAAGAUGAAUUAUUCACUAGUUUAGCUACCUUUCAUCAAAUCACAAAAUAUAAUCAAGCCGUUUUACCAUUUUGUUCUAUGAAAAACGCGAAAUAUUGUUGUAUAUUAGAUAAACGCAAGUCAGAAGUGUUUAUCAUGGAAUCAGACAAUGCUAAUGAUGAAAUCUUCCUAUUUACAUCAGAAUCAGUUGGUGAAGGUCAUCCUGACAAAAUCUGCGAUCAGAUUAGUGAUGCUAUUCUCGAUGAAUGUUUACGAGUAGAUCCGAACUCCAAAGUUGCAUGCGAGACAUGUACAAAAACUGGUAUGAUUUUGGUUUGCGGUGAAAUAACAACGAAAACUGUACUUGAUUAUCAGAAAAUCAUUCGAAGUACCGUUCGUGAAAUCGGUUAUGACUCAUCGGAAAAAGGUUUUGAUUACAAUACUAUGAACGUUUUGGUCGCUGUCGAACGACAAUCACCUGAUAUAGCACAAGCAGUACAUGAGGAGAAGGCUGAUGAUGAUAUUGGUGCUGGUGAUCAAGGCUUGAUGUUCGGAUAUGCAACAGACGAAACAGAAGAAUGCAUGCCAUUGACAAUUGAAUUAUCACAUCGAUUAAACGCUAAAAUGGCGGAAUUGCGACGAAAUGGUGAAAUGGAUUAUCUUCGACCAGAUUCGAAAACUCAAGUCACUAUUGAAUACAAAUUUGAUCAUGGUGCUUGUAUUCCACUACGUGUGCAUACAAUUGUUAUUUCUACCCAACAUAGUCCAGAAGUCACACAAGAACAAUUACGAGACGAUCUUCGUAAGAAAAUUAUUGAUCCAGUUAUACCAGCGAAUUUACUUGAUAAUAAAACAGUUUAUUAUUUGAAUCCAUCGGGUAAAUUCGAAAUCGGUGGUCCACAAGGUGACGCGGGUUUAACUGGACGUAAAAUCAUUGUUGACACUUACGGUGGAUGGGGUGCACAUGGUGGUGGUGCAUUCAGCGGUAAAGAUCCAUCGAAAGUUGAUCGUUCAGGAGCGUAUGCCGCUCGUUGGGUAGCGAAAUCUCUUGUCAAGGCUAAACUGUGCCGUCGUUGUCUCGUUCAAAUUUCCUAUAGUAUUGCGAUCGCUGAACCUUUGUCAGUAACUGUUUUCUCCUACGGCACAUCACAGAAAUCUAAUAAAGAGUUAUUAGAAAUAGUUAAAAAUAACUUUGACCUUCGUCCUGGUACGAUUAUUCGAGAUUUAAAUUUGAAAAAUCCAAUUUAUAGAAAAACAGCAUGUUAUGGACAUUUCGGUCGACCUGAAUUUCCUUGGGAACAAGCAAAGCAACUAAAAUUCUAA